UAUACGGGUGCGCAAACGGGUGGACAAAUACGGAGAACGGGUCGAAAGGUAGUGCCUCAAUUGACCGCGGUUGCUGAAAGGUCACAAGCAGGCAAAAUCUGUAACCUUGACUCUGCCUCGGGAAAGCAUAAGAAACAACGUAUCUCGAAGCGUGGACAAGAUCGACUACAAAAUACAGCCGCGUCUGGAGAUGACGGCAAAGGUGUUAGCCCAGAUUGCAGGAGUGUUGAGGAGAAUCUACCGAAAAAGAAAGUUCGUUCCGAAGAAGCACUCAGGUUAAGAGAACAAAAACUGGCUGAAAAGGCGGCUGCUAAGCUAGCAAAGGCGAAGGAACGGGAAUUGAAAAAAGCAGCUAAACUUGAGAGGCGCCAGCAGAAGUUGGAAGAACAGGAACGCAAGAGAAGGGAACGGCUAUUGAGGAAAGAAAUGAAAGAGAAAUUAUUGCAACAAAAGCGAGAAUGGCGUGAGGAGGAAAAGAGGAAAAGGCUUGCGAGAGAGCUGCAGUCAAUGUGCAAAAAGAGGAAGCUCGAUAGCUAUUUGAUUUUGGAUGAAGUUCCUUCGCAUCGUUACGGUGUGAUAGCAUAUCUUGUAGUUGAGCAAAGCGAAGCUGCUACCCAGUGUGUUCUAUACGCUCAACUGGCGGACAGCUCGUUUGCUUCGCUUCCGGAAGAGAUGUAUUUCGUACAAAUUCAAUCAGAGAAGAAUCGCUCUUCUAUGUUUCAAACGAUUGUGGACGCUCGAUUCAUUGAUGCUUCACCGCAGUCACCUCCAUUCUUCUACGCCAUUGUGCUCCUA